AUGGAGCUCACGGCGAAGGUGGCGGUUCUGAUGCUAUUGGUGGCCCUGGUCGGCCUUGGGGAGGCGGAUGAGGCACCGAAAGUGGAGGUGUAUUCCCGCAAACGUGCCGUGCAGGGGGAGGAGAACGUCCUCAACUGCUUCGUGAGUGGUUUCCACCCUCCCAAGAUCGACAUCUCUAUCCUGAAGAACGGGGAGCCCAUGAGUGACGUCAAGUAUGCGGAUAUGUCCUUCAACGACAAGUGGUAUUUCCAGCGUCUGGUGUAUGUGCCGUUCACCCCCAGGAAGGGCGACGUCUACGCUUGCAAGGUGGCCCAUUCCACCUUCCGGGAGCCACAGGUGUUCCAAUGGGAGGCAGACUUCUAA